AGGACCCAAACCCCAACCGCCCUCCCUGUUCAUGGCCACCCCAUCACUUCCCGUCUCCCUCCCCACUCUAUCCGCCCUGAAACUUUAAAUCACUGUUCCCAACCGCCGUUUUCCCGUCGGAGGAAGUCAGAAUGCCUCUGAAUCUCCCAUUUCCGGGGAAUACACAGUCAAUCGAGCAGAGACCACCGCGACCCCUUCAGCUCAAACAAGCUUUACAAUCAGUCAAAUCUCAGAUUCCUUUGAACCAGUGCGUCUUCCUCCUCGCCACCAUCCUUCUCCAAAUCUGGAUUCUCUUCUCCCUCAUCCACCCCUCCCCGUCUAACCCUUCCUCCGCCCACCGCCAUAUCUCGGCCAACCGCCAGGAUUGCAGCUCCGGUAAGGUCUACGUCUAUGAGAUUCCACGGAAGUUCAACUACGAGCUCGUGGAGAAUUGCAAAGACCUAGAUCCGUGGAAAGGAACCGGGUGCAAGGUGGUCGCCAAUGGCGGAUUCGGCCCGCCGGCGACCGGGCUCGGGAAUCUUGUUCCCGAGAAUCUCGUCCCGGCUUGGUAUUGGACGGAUUUGUACUCUGCGGAGCUUAUUUACCACGAACGGAUGUUGAAUCACAGGUGCAGAACGAUGGAUCCGAAGGAGGCCACCGGAUUCUACUUACCCUUUUACGCCGGCAUCGCCGUCGGCAGGUAUUUGUUCACGGAGUUCAAUUACACUUAUCAAGAUCGAGAUCGGUACUGCGAGAUGUUCCUCGAUUGGUUGGAAGAGCAACCGAGUUAUGCCGAGUACAGAGGAGCUGACCACUUCAUCGUUCUCGGAAGGCUGACUUGGGACUUCCGGCGACUGACCGACAACAGCAGCGAUUGGGGCAGCAGUUUCCUGUACAUGCCUCGGAUGAAGAACGUUUUCCGGUUGGGGCCUGAGAAGCACGUCAAGGAUCGGAUCGAAGAGAGCGUGCCGUACCCCACCGGAUUCCACCCCCGGUCGGAGUCCGACAUCCGGGAGUGGCAGAGACACGUCAGAUCCCAGAAACGCGACAGCCUCUUCACCUUCGUCGGCGGCAAGCGGCAGAUCUUCAAGCGCGACUUCCGGCGCCUGCUAAUGGACUACUGCUCCCGCGACGAGGCUUGCCGCGCGGUGGACUGCUCCGCCGCGUCCUGCGCCGAAGGGUCGCCGGCGGUGUUCGACGCGUUCCUCCACUCGGAUUUCUGCCUGCAGCCGAGGGGGGACGGGAUGGCGCGGCGGUCGAUGUUCGACUGCAUGAUCUCGGGCGCGAUCCCGGUGUACUUCUGGAAAGGGUCGUUCAAGGACCAGUACGUCUGGCACCUGCCGUGGAUAUCGGAGACGUUCUCCGUCUACAUCGGCCACGACGACGUGAGGAAGAGCAACGGGACGGCGAUCCGGGAGGUUCUGGAAGGAGUGCACAGAGACAACGUGAGACAGAUGAGAGAGACGAUAAUAGAAUUGAUUCCGAGGCUAGUGUACGGCGGCCGGAAAGAAGGGCUGGGAACCGUCGGAGACGCGUUUGACGUCACGCUGGACCGGGUUUUGAAGAGACUCAAGGCUCGCAAAUCGCACCUCCUGUCUCGAGCGGCCGACGAUUACGAGAUCUUCUAAAUUUUUCUUUUCAUUUCUAAAUUGUGCUUAAUAUUUUACCAAGUACGGACGGAGACCGAUUAGUUUUUUUUGGACCAUGCUAGGGUGCCACCACAUGGGUGCUACUAUGGGUGCACCAAUGCUUCGCACAGACAAACACACACGAUAAUUAUCUGUGCGACACAGACAAUUAUCAUCUGUGUUUGUUUCUGCGAAGCAUGAGUGCACCUAUGGUAACACCCAUGUGGUGGCACACUAGCAUUUUCCUUUUUUUUACUCCGGUAAAUUUCAAAUACGAAGCAGUAGUAUUUAUCCAAAAUUCUCUUUUGUUAAGUACUCCCUUAGUCCCUUACUACUUCUAUCCGUAGGUGUGUGUUUACUGU